AUGUUUAUGAAUUUGAUACAAUUUAAUUUCAGUUGGUAUAGUGAUUUAUCAUAUUCACCAAACGUAUUUAUUGAUUUACCAUCUAGACUAUGUUAUUCAUCAAAUAUUAGUUGUUUAAAUGUUAGGCUUAAGAAUUUUAAUGAUUGCAUUUGUUUACUUAAUACAGAUCUUAGUCAAUUACAUACAUUGGUUGUAGAAAUUGAUUGGAUUAGAGAAACACUGAUGGUUCUCAACAAUACGGAAAUUGUAUCUAAUUUAAAAUAUUUCUCAUUAAUUUCAUUUGAUAAAACAAUCGAAUAUGAUACUAAAAUUGUUCCAUUGCUUCGUCAUAUGUCAAAAUUAGAAAAACUUGCAUUAUCUUUGAUUGUUGAUCGUCGAAACUCAUUCAUUGAUGGCAAUCAUCUAGUUAAUGAUAUCCUUAGUAAAAUGUCAGACCUUCAUACAUUUAUCUUCAAUAUUAUUACCAAAAGAGUCAUAAUAGAUGAAGAAUUUUUACCAACUCGUGAUAAUAUUCUACGUCCACUCAUCGAAAAAGGAUAUAAUGCUGACUGUUAUACUGAUUACUGUACAAUCAGCAAUGGUCAAUGUCAUAUUUUCUCGCUUCCAUUGACUUUGGAACGCAUGGAUGUGUUUACUAACAAAUUUCCUGAUAGUUGUUUAUUCAUGAAUGUUCGUCACUUCGCUGCACGUCUUAUUUGGCGUCCAUUCGAACAUGAAUUUUUUGCUCAAAUUUCUCGAGCUUUUCCAUUAUUAAAUAAGCUGAAAAUAAAUAAUAUACUUGCUCAAAAUAAGAAGAUAACAUAUCAACAAGAUGGAUAUGAACAAACAUCAUCAGUUAUUGAAUUUCCUUAUCUCACUGAACUUGAUCUCAGUGGAUCUUCUCUUGAUUAUGUCGAGCAAUUUCUUUUCGACUUCUAUACACGUUUAACUAGUCUUAACACGUUACAUGUCGAUUAUGAACUUUUGUUGUUUGCAACACAAUAUUUUACAGAAGAUGCUGCUCGUGCAAAUUGUUUAAAAGUGAAACAUAUUUUCUUUAAUCAAGAACCAAAGACAUAUCCAGAAAACUUUCGAGAUUAUUUUCCUUUGUUGUAA